CUGCUCCACCCCCCCGACACUGUCCGCUGCUGCGAGAUACCAGGAGAAAAGUGAUUAAGAGAAAAGGGAGGUGAGAAAGAAUAGAAAGAAAACAAGAGAGACGACGGGAGGGGGUGAAUGAGGGUGAGACAGAGACAGAGAGAGAGAGAGAGACAGACAGAAAGAUCUCUGGUAGAGUGAGCGGAGGUCAAAGUGAGGGUUUAUCAAUGGAAGCAAUGCGUGGGUUCAACACACAACCUUGGGAGGGAACGGACACAGAGGACAGAACGGGCCAUGCAGAACCCUACGGUUACUACCAGGACAAGCACAGAGACGGGACAGCAGAGGUACAGGGACGUACAGGGACAGCUGAACCCUAUGGUUACUACCAGGACAAGCACAGAGACGGGACAGCAGAGGUACAGGGACGUACAGGGACAGCUGAACCCUACAGUUACUACCAGGACAAGCACAGAGACGGGACAGCAGAGGUACAGGGACGUACAGGGACAGCUGAACCCUACGGUUACUACCAGGACAAGCACAGAGACGGGACAGCAGAGGUACAGGGACGUACAGGGACAGCUGAACCCUAUGGUUACUACCAGGACAAGCACAGAGACGGGACAGCAGAGGUACAGGGACGUACAGGGACAGCAGAACCCUAUGGUUACUACCAGGACAAGCACAGAGACGGGACAGCAGAGGUACAGGGACGUACAGGGACAGCUGAACCCUACAGUUACUACCAGGACAAGCACAGAGACGGGACAGCAGAGGUACAGGGACGUACAGGGACAGCUGAACCCUACAGUUACUACCAGGACAAGCACAGAGACGGGACAGCAGAGGUACAGGGACGUACAGGGACAGCUGAACCCUACGGUUACUACCAGGACAAGCACAGAGACGGGACAGCAGAGGUACAGGGACGUACAGGGACAGCUGAACCCUACAGUUACUACCAGGACAAGCACAGAGACGGGACAGCAGAGGUACACACAGGGUCACGGAUGGCCACUCAAAAACAGCACACACUUAUUAGGGGACUACUGGUGCAGAAAGGCCACAUUAAGAUAAGGGGUCCCAUGUAAAUGCAGCCACAGAAAGUUCACCCAUUUGGAAAUUCAGACUUUUUGUCACUCGUUCUGCGCUUGUGGUUGACCCACUAAACAGUUUAAAAUAAAUAUUUUGUCUCGUUAAACAUAAAAACAUGCUUUCAAAUUUUGGCUUGAGGCGAUAAAAGCCAGUGGGGAGGAGCUACAAUAGCAGUUAUUACCCAGUGUCUCUAUUCUGAGAAUGGUGGCUAUUCUUAAACAAAGUUGUGUCCUUGGUAUGGCAAAAGCACACUUCUGAGUGGGAAACCACAAAUUCCAACACAAUGACGGAAUAAAGUUGUGUUUAUAGAAUAAAAUAAAAAAAGAUGUGUUUAUGAGUGCAAAGCAGUGAUUCCUCUACUCAAUGUGUGGUAUAAUGACAUGCUUUAAUCUGAAAGGGAACGUACCGAACAUCUGUCCCACAAACAGCCCUACACUAAAUAAAGCAUCAAUUGUUUCCACUGUUUCUCUCUUGUGUGUGUGCGCGUGUGUGUGCGUGCGUCUUUCCCCACAAACUCUGCCUGUCCAACAGAAGAUACAUUUAUCCAGAGCUUGAAGUUAAGACCACUCGCUCUCUGGAUUUUCCCAAUCGUUAUCAUGUUAUCAAACUAAUCUCAGCAAUAUAAAUGACAGCAGGAUAUGGUGACCACGGACCAAAUACCCUCUCAGCAACGAUAGUGGGCUAGAAACUUCUGAGGCCAAUAAAGACUGAAGCUUUUCUUACAAAGCCAUUAUCAAACCGACCUGUUAUCCAAACGCUGGUGGUGACUCAACAGUAAAUGGACCAACACAGUCACCUCUGGUGCUGACACAGCAAAUGAACAAACUACACCGGGAAUUGAGUUCUGGGUUAACCAUCACU